GGAGAGGGAUCCAACAUGGCCGAACUCACAUCGACCAAACUCCACCCAGAACAGCAUCUGCUGCUGUCGUCGAUUGACACAGCCCACAGNGACCAACCGCUGCUACGAGUGCCCUUCGAACUGACGCGGAAGAACUUUGCCCAAGCAAGACGACACAUUGAGAAGACAUCGGCCGACACGCUUGCCGCCCUCAACGCCGCUGCUACCGCCGCUCCAUCAGCCACCUCGGACCAGACUCUCGCCUCGCUUGACGCCAUGAUAGCCAAAGCCCAGACUCUCAAACGCAAGUUGGAGGCCCUUCAUGCCGAGGAAGAGAUGCUGCAUCGUCAUCAGCGAGCCCGCAUCAACCAUCUACAGGAUCUGCACGAUAUACCCAACCUGGCCGAUGUCAAGUACGAUGACUGGAGCAAGAUCCGUCUAGAUCGCAUGCUGGUCGACUAUCUGUUACGUCAGGGCUAUAUCCAGAGUGCCAGUCAGCUGGCCAAGGAGAAGAAGAUCGAAGACCUGGUCGACGUCCAAGCCUUCAUCGAGUCUAGUCGCAUAGAACACAGCCUGCAGAACGGCCGUACCCAGGACUGCCUGGCCUGGUGCUCCGAGAACAAACAGACGUUGAAGAAGAUCAACAGCAACCUGGAGCUUGAGCUACGCUUGCAGCAGUUCAUCGAGCUGGUCCGGAGCGGAGAGCCACAGAAGUUGAUCGAAGCCACGCUGCAUGCGAGGAAGCAUUUGGGCACACACCAGAACGACUCGUACGGUCUACGUGCUGGAGGCCUGCUUGCAAACCCUCCAAAUACCAUGACAGAGCCUUACAAAGUAUUUUCUCCCCAUACCACCCCUAUACCAUCUCUGACCUUCUCCAGNACCAUGUACUCGGCCGCUCGCUGGCAACAACUGUCCGAACUCUUCGUCAAGACACACCACGAAAUCUUCUCUUUACCGCCACGGCCCCUCCUGCACAUUGCCCUCUCCGCUGGCCUUAGCGCUCUGAAGACGCCUGCCUGUCAUUCGCAUUACGCCUCUUCAUCGUCGAACGCUUCUUCGUCAACCACAUCCGUCUGCCCCAUCUGCUCCACCGAGCUGAACGAACUCGCCCGCACCGUUCCCUACGCACAUCACAGCAAGAGCUACGUCGAAGAUGAUCCAGUCAUGCUGCCCAACGGACGCAUCUACGGUAGAGGCAGACUCAUGGCUCUGAACGAAAAGAUAGGAACCGCCGAGGGCAAAGUCAGAGAUCCCACCGACCUGUCUCAGGAGUUUGACGAAUGCGACAUCAAGAAGGUCUAUAUCUCUUGA